AUGGCCGAUGUCGACUCCAUCGUCAAAGGCGCCCCGCCGCCGGGCAAGGAGGACAAGGCCGCCGUCGGCACCACCGGUGUCGUCCCCGACUCGGGAAAGCAGGGCGACCCCUUGAGCCACACGCCCAGCUCCCCAUCCAUGAUCUACCUCAACCUCCUUAUUCUCGAGGCCUCUCUCCGCGCACAGUACCUCGAGCUGCGCGCCCGCCGUCGCCAUCAUACCUUCUUCUUCACCUUGCUCACCGCCUGGAUAUGCGGCUUCGGCUACGCCCUCUUCUUCGCCCCGCGCGAGGACGGCCGCGGCGUUGGCGGUUCCGUUUACUGGGGUGUUGAGACCUUUGAGAAGAUUUGCUUCAUGGGAGGUGUCAUGACUGCCAUUCUUGUGUGGGCUACAGGCAUAUGGGAACGGGGCAUCAGGUGGCCGCGUCGGUGGUUUCCCAUUUCUAACCGAGGCCUGCGCGGCUUCAACUGCAAGCUCGUCAUUAUUCGCCGUCCGUGGUGGGCCGAGAUGGGCUCAACCAUUGGCUUUUUCCUGACCUACGGCCUAUUCUCUCACACCGCGAGCUCCUCAUACCGAUAUGUCGAACCGUCCAUUCUCCGCGAGGUCGAGAAAGAACUGAGCCUCACCGCCGAGAACCACCCCACGCUGCCGAUUCUGGUCGAGGACGAAGAAAAGGGCGGCCACGAGGAGGACCUCGCGCCGGGAGGCGACUACGUUAAGCUUCUCCUGCUUGCGAAGCCAUUUACGCCAACCUUUAGGGAGAACUGGGAGAUCUACCGCACUGAGUACUGGGAAAAAGAAAACGAGCGCCGCGCCCUCAUCCAAAAGAAGCUCUCCGCUCGCGACCGCCAGGUGGCCAAGCAGCGCUGGGGCAUCUUCUGGUGGCUUCCCUGGCACCGCAUCGACCGCUCCAACCCCACCUCCGGUUCCCCCUCCCGCAGCGAGAAGGCGACGCUACACCCGCGCGCGGCGGCCAUUGAGCGCGAGCACCGACGCCGGAGUAGCAGCACCAGCGUACACCGUCGCAGCUCGACGAGCUCGUCCCGCAGCCUGACGCCCUCGGCAGUAGCGGCAGCAGUAGCCGAUGACCCAGACGGAAGCGUCAGCAGGAAGGCCAGCACGGGAUCCAACGCCUCAGACAAGAGAAGGAAGAAGCUGGGAUCCAUCUCCAAGUCCAAACGUCCGCACGUCGAAUCGAGGUCCGUCACGCCCGACAUACCGUCGCCGUUGGCCAGGGAGAGCAGCGUGACGCGGUCGGAUAGCGGUUCGGGAGCCGAGUCUGUGGCUGACCGGUCGUUGCGGCAUUCGUCUUCCAAGGCUAGCAUCAGUUCCUCCACCAACUCUGUGCGGGAGAAGCAACGCAAAGCCAGCGAGGCGUGA